UCUAUGUCUGAAAGUAUGUCUGAAGCUUCCUCCCAUGAUUCCUUCUAUGAUACUCUGUCAGAUUUCCAUGGUGACUCCAUUGAUGGAAACUUCCAAGAACUUUCUGCCUUCCUCAGUCAGGAGGAAAUGAACAAGAGUCUUGACAUUGCGCGGGAAGCAUUUUCGAGCCCUCUGUCUGAGGAUCAAAGCCACAGUCAUGCUUUAAAAUCUUCUCAUGAUAACCCACCUGACAGAUCGUACAAGGAGUUAAAACUAAGCAAUGCAACAUCAGAAAAAUCCAGAAAAAGGGAAAAUUUGAUAAAUAAGCUGGGUAGGGCUGGUGCUUCCACUAAACCUGGUGGUUCAAAUAUGAAAGGCAUGAUUUCACCAUUUCUAACCACUAGCCCAAGUAUAAUCCGAACCUUGCAGGCACACAAAGCUUCUAAACUUCAAGGGAAAAGUGGCUCAUCCACACUUCCGAUUCCAAAAGCCAGAAACAAACCACUUAACAAGGAUCUAAACUCUCAGAGUGACAUCGCUCAGAAGGCAGCUACUUUUAUUGAAGAACUCUCUGCAAUAUUUCGAGAGACAAACAAGGCAAGAGACAGGCGCCCUAAUGGAGAUUCUUCUUCUCCUGACAGUGGUUAUUUGUCACCAAAGAAAGAGAGCACCAUUCUCAUUAGCCCCACAAUUAAUGAGAGUGAAACUGAACCAAAGCAAGAGGUGAACACAAUGGAACUGAGGAGUGUAAAAGAUGAAACACUAAUGAAAACUGAGAAUGAAAGCAAGCCGCCUGAAAAAGAGCGAGUGCAAAGUGAGACCAAUAAAUCUCACACUCCUUCUUCAGCUGCUCGAUUUAUACAGAAGCUCAAAAGUCAGGAGGUGGCAGAGGGGAGCCGAGUAAAGCUGGAAUGCAGAGUGACAGGAAACCCCUUUCCAGAAGUGAGGUGGUUCUGUGAAGGAAGAGAGCUGCAUAACUCACCUGACAUCAACAUCUCCUCCGAGAGUGACGGGCUUCAAGUUCUUGUCAUCGUUGAGGCCUUCGAGGACGACACCGGGCGCUAUACUUGUGUGGCAUCCAACUGGCUCGGUUCUGACACAUCUUCGGCUGAAGUGUUUGUAGAAGGUGCCAGUUCCUCGGAUUCUGACAGUGAAGACUUUACUUACAAUUCAAAACCUGGAACAAUGCCUCAAGCUCAGAAGAAAACAACAUCAGUUUCAUUAACCAUAGGGCCAUCAUCUCCAAAAUGCGGAAUAACCACUGCAAUAAUGCAGCCAAUUUCUAUCCCUGUCCAGCAGGUCCAAAGUCCGACAUCUUAUCUGUGUCGUCCAGAUGGGUCCAGUUCUUCUAACUUCUCUGCUCCUUCUUUCACUAAGGAACUUCAGAGCCUGACAGCAUCGGAAGGACAGGUUGUGGUGCUGGAGUGCAGGGUAAAGGGCACACCGCCAGUCAAUGUCAAAUGGUUUAGACAAGGAACCGAAAUCCAAGAUUCUCCUGACUUUAGAAUUCUCCAGAAAAAACCACGUUGUGCUUCCGAACCUGAGGAGAUCUGCACACUGGUGAUUGCUGAGGCCUUCCCAGAAGAUGCAGGAACCUUCACUUGCACAGCAAGAAAUGACUAUGGAUCAGUGACCUGUAGUGCACAGCUCACUAUGCUCUCUGCAAAUAAUGAGCGGACCAGAAGCGAUGUGUCAAGUGGAGAGAUUAGUGGUUAUGAUUUCCAGAAGCAUUCGUCUCCUUCUCCUAUAGCAGCUAAAAGUAGUGGCCUUGAAAUGCCAUCAAACAAAACUCUGGAGUGUUUUCAGCCCAGCAAUCUGGGGUCAAAACCAAAGUUGGAAAGUAGUAACCUGCAACUAAAUACUUUGGAGCGGAAAAGCAACGGUGUACACAGUAAUAAUGGUGUAAAUGGUGUUAGCAGCAAUCAAGAUAGCAAGUAUGCCUGUCCCACAUCACCUAGCGCAUUGGCAUCACCCACCAAAGAUCCUCCACCAGUGCCAUCCAAACCUAAACUGGAUUCUCAGGCACUGCUGCAACUACAAAAUCAGAUACGUCACGAGAAGGAAUCUGCUGCCUGGAAGCAACAAGCCAGUCAUCAGCAAAACACACCACCCUCACCAUCCUUCCCUCCUCCACCUUCCUUCCAGGAGCUGGAGGCCAGUCAGCUUAUCACCUCACCAGUGCAAAUGAGUGUUCUCAACUCCCACAGUUCUCCUGCCAUGCAGCCAGCAAGCUCCUUCAACUAUGCUCGGCCUAAACAAUUUAUUGCUGCCCAGACCGUGAGCAAUGCCCCAGGCUACAUUACACCAUCUUCAGGUUCCUCUACCUCCAGCAUCCCAUCUCCAAUAUCACCCUCAACACCUCAAAAGCAGUUUACAAGAGUUCCUGUGCAACCUUUCUCACAGCCAUUUGCUCCUGAAGGUGAACAGUUUUGGUCGCCAACCUCAUCAUCUCCUCCUCCUCCACCACCUCCUGUGAUGAGUCCAACUGCAAACUAUUUUCCCCAGGAUCCAUUUCCUCUUCCUCCACCUCCUCCGCCACUUCCUGGAUCUGGACCUUCUCCUUCAUACAGUCCGUCUCAGUCUCCAACAACCAGAGGUUCUAGUUCCAGCCACAGUCCUGCGGCUUUCCUCAGUUCCAUGUUGCCAUGCCAGUCAUCACCUGUCUCUUUCAAUGAGCUUGGACUACCAAAAGGUGUCAUGCCUCCUGGCUUCCAAAGGAAGGCAGGCCGGACUGCUCGCAUAGCCUCUGAUGAUGAGAUCAAGGGAUCAAAAGAUGCAGUGAUACAAGAUCUGGAGAGGAAGCUGCGUUUUAAAGAUGAGCUCCUGAACAACGGCCAACCGAAAUUGACGUAUGAAGAGAAAAUGGCUCGGCGGUUACUGGGAGCCGACAAUGCUGCAACAGUGUUUAACUUGCAAGAAGCAGAAGAUGAUAUAAAUACACAGGAGUACAAAGUAUCCAGCUUUGAACAGAGGCUGAUAAGUGAAAUUGAGUAUCGCCUAGAACGUUCUCCUGUGGAAGAAUCGGAUGAUGAUGUAGAACACGGGGAUGAAUCUGAUGGAACCCCUCCUCAAUUUGAAACAAAACUGCAACACUUUAAGAUCUUUGAAGGCAUGCCAGCCACUUUCACAUGCAAGGUCACGGGCAAUCCAAAGCCAAAGAUAUAUUGGUUCAAAGAUGGGAAACAAAUCUCUAAAAGAAGUGAACACUACAGAAUCCAGAGAGAACCCGAUGGCACCUGUUCCCUCCACACCUCAGUUUCCUCCUUAGAUGAUGAUGGGAAUUAUACCAUAAUGGCUGCCAACCCACAGGGCAGAGUUAGUUGUACUGGUAGACUGAUGGUGCAGGCUGUGAACCAGAGGGGAAGGAGUCCCCGCACGCCCACAACGCAGCCUCACAUUCGAAGGCCUCGAUCUCGGUCAAGAGAUAGCGGAGAUGAGAAUGAACCCAUCCAAGAAAGAUUUUUCCGUCCUCAUUUCUUGCAAGCUCCUGGCGAUCUGAUAGUUCAAGAAGGGAAGCUUUGUAGAAUGGACUGCAAGGUGAGUGGAUUACCAACCCCUGACCUCAGCUGGCAGCUGAAUGGCAGACCUGUCCGUCCAGACAACAAUCACAAGAUGCUGGUGCGUGAGAAUGGUGUGCACUCCCUGAUCAUUGAGCCGGUGACCAGCAGAGAUGCCGGGAUAUACACUUGUGUGGCCUCAAACCGAGCUGGACAGAACUCAUUCAGCCUGGAACUUAUUGUGGCUGCAAGAGAUGCCCACAAGCCACCUGUGUUCCUAGACAAGCUUCAGAAUACAGGAGUGGCCGAAGGAUAUCCAGUGAGGCUGGAGUGCCGAGUCUUAGGAAGUCCCCCACCCCAGAUAUUCUGGAAGAAAGAAAACGAUUCUCUGACAUAUAACACUGACAGAGUCAGCAUGCAUCAGGAUCACUAUGGUUACCUUUGCCUACUGAUCCAAGGAGCCACCAAAGAGGAUGCUGGCUGGUAUACUGUGUCAGCAAAGAAUGAGGCCGGCAUUGUGUCUUGUACUGCAAGGCUUGAUGUACAUGCUCAGUGGCAGCAGUCACAUACUCCCAAGACGAGAAAAGUACGUCCCUCCACUAGUCGAUAUGCAGCACUUUCUGACCAAGGCCUGGAUAUUAAAGCAGCAUUCAUGCCAGAUGCAAGUCCAGGGCACCUUCAGGCAGCACUGGUAGAAAGCGAUGACCUGUAGAGAAGACCUAGCGGAACUUGCUGUAGAAGCCAUUGGAGAAAGUCACCAGGAGCCACAGCUGUCACCCGGCAGUAGUGUCACACCAUGUAAUAUGCAAGACACGUCUUCAGCUAACCUGAUAGAGAGACAAGUUAAACUGCGCAAUAACUUUAUGUGUAAGCAGUCUAGAACAUAGGAUAGCAGGGAUUUAUCUUAUGUAUUUAUGGCACAUACAUAUCACUCACUCUUCUGCUCUAUGAAAGGAUCUCUUGUGUAUUCUGCUUGUUUGGUGCCUUCAAAAACUAAGACAACAAGAUUUCCUCAACUCACUAAUGCCUUCAAAGCAGUGUAGGAUGAUGUGCAAUGUUUAAUGUUUCAGCACAUCAAACACAGUGUAUGAUUUUUUUAUAUAUAUUUAAAGAAAAAUGCUGUCAAGGUGAAUUGCUAUAAUGCUUCAGGUGUUUAGAAACAAAACGGCUUGCUUCAAAAGUAAUACAUAUCUGUAUGAUUGUGUUACGGUUAACAUUGGAGAUCACCCGACAAGAAUCGCCAUGAGACAAGCAAUGCAAUGAUGUCAGAAGCUGGCUAUGGACUAAGAGCUCUUAAUGAAGAGAGCAGAAGAUAACGUCACAGACACCACCCCUUCCCAUGCUUGUUUGUGUGUACACCUUGUUGUUUUCUGUGUGUAUCGACACUACACUAUUAUGUGACAUUCAGAUGGCCAGGGACAGCUAGUAGAAAGCAACAAAAUCCUUGCUAUUAUUUAUGCAACAAUACCCAUUAUGCUUUGUGCACUUUUCCCAUAUUUAGUAUUCAUGAACAGACUGCAGGAGUGCUACCACAGUCCAGGCAGAAGAACAUAUUGAACUGCCCCCUGGUGCCCUUCCUGGGUGGCCUGUUUCAUUGUCACACAUACAAAUUAGGUACGCUGACAUAAAGCCAAAGUUCUCUCAAAGAUGAAUGAAGUCGAGUUUUCUUGAACAGCAAUGAGUGACCUUCUGUUCACAAGGUCAUUAGUGUACUCAGCGUCUCUGGUCAUAUUUGUGUGUUUCAG